UUGAUCUUCUGCCUGUUUUCUCCUUUGUUUCCAUCACUCCGUGCAGUUGUGGAUGUGCACGUGUCUCCGGACAGCGUGACUGAGCGGCAGAGAGGCGGGACAUCGCUGCUCUUCAGGGUCAGACCUUCGUGCCACACGCCGAUGAUGGAGAAGAGGAGGCUGGAUGUGGCGCUGCUGGUGCUCCUGCUGGGACACCUCGCCAUGGCGCUGGAGGUCCCACUAGACCUGCCUCAGCCGCCAACAAUAACUCGCCAGUCCCCCAAGGUUUACAUCAUCGACCCCCGAGAGAACAUCGUCAUACACUGCGAAGCCAAAGGGAAGCCACAUCCCAGUUUCUCCUGGACCAGAAAUGGGACCCAUUUCGACGUUGACGAGGACCCCAAUGUGAACAUAAAGCCCAACUCUGGGACUCUGGUGGUGGACAUCAGCCGAGAGAGGGUGGAGCAUUAUGAGGGGGUGUAUCAGUGCACGGCCAGGAACAAGCAUGGGACGGCUGUUUCAAACAACAUAGUCAUACGACAGUCAAGAUCCCCCCUGUGGUCAAAGGAAUAUAUCAAGCCUAUCGUGGUUCAGGAGGGAGUUUCCCUGGUACUGCCAUGUCGCCCCCCAGCAGGCCUGCCUCCUCCCGUCAUAUUCUGGAUGGACAAUAAUUUUCAGAGGCUUCCUCAGAGUGACAGAGUGUCCCAGUCCCUGAACGGAGACCUCUACUUCUCUAACGUACUCCGGGAGGACUCCAGGAACGACUACAUCUGCUACGCCCGCUUUCCACACACACAAACCAUCCAGCAGAAACAACCCAUCACGGUUAAAGUCCUCAACAUGGAUGCAAUCAAUGACACAAUGGCAGCUUUUUACAAUGACACUGAUUUAUUUAGUGAGCCCCCAGUGGAUGAAAGGAAGCCAGCUUUCCUCAUCCCAUCUGACCCCUCCAGCUCCAAGAUGGUGCUGAAAGGACACGUACUGGAGAUUGAGUGCAUUGCCGAUGGACUUCCCACUCCUCACAUCUCCUGGACCAAAGUGAGUGGUGAUUUCCCAGCCAGGCGCACAACCUUCUUGCACUACAACAAGACCCUGCGUAUUGUCAAUGUGUCGGAGUCGGAUGCAGGAGAUUACCGCUGCAUGGCCAAGAACCAACUUGGCUCCGUGCACAGCAUCAUUCGUGUCGUGGUCAAAGCUGCUCCUUACUGGAUCACUGAUCCUCCCAGAAACCUGGUUCUGGCUCCAGGAGAGAGCAGUUCACUGAUCUGCAGGGCUAGCGGCAUACCCAAGCCCUCCAUCAAGUGGUCAAUGAAUGGCAUCCCUAUAGAGAAUUCACCAAAAGAUGUGAGCAGAAAAGUUGAGGACGACACAGUCAUCUUUACUGACGUGCAGAUUGGGGCCAGCGCUGUGUACCAGUGUAACGUCUCCAAUGAGUAUGGCUACCUCCUGUCCAAUGCUUUCGUCAACGUCCUCUCGGAGUCGCCCCGAGUGCUGACACCAGCCAACAAAAUCUACCAAGUCAUCAAAAACCACCGGGCCCUGAUGGACUGCGCCUCAUUUGGAUCGCCCAUUCCGAAAAUUACAUGGUUUAAGGAGAGUCGCUCCAGCACUCUGGAUGGAGACCCUUACAUUCUCCAUGACAACGGCACUUUAGAGAUUGAUAUAGCUCAAGCCCAAAACAGUGGGAAAUACACCUGUGUGGCCAGAAACCAACUUGGUACUUCUGAGAAUCAUGUCCACCUAGAGGUCAAAGACCCCACUCGCAUCCUGACGCAGCCAAAGUACAAAGUGGUCCAGAGGGGCAGGUCUGUGGUGUUUGAGUGCAAAGUAAAACAUGACGAGUCCCUCAACCCCACAAUGACCUGGCUCAAAGAUGAUGGAGAGCUCCCCGAUGAUGAGAGAUUUAUUGUGGACUCUGACAGCCUCACAAUCACUGAUGUAACAGAGAGUGAUGCGGGGGUGUACACGUGCAUCAUGAACACCACUCUGGACCAGGACUCAGCCAGUGCAGAGCUCACUGUUGUUGAGGCCACGCCAACCCCAGCUGUAGUCUACGAGCGACCCGACCCCCCAACUGACCUGGAGCUGACAGACCAGAAAAAGAGGAGCGUUCAGCUCACUUGGACCCCUGGGGAUGAACAUAACAGUCCUAUUCAGAAAUUUCUGAUCCAGUAUGAAGACACCCUGCACCAUCGUGGUCAUUGGCAUAACCUUACGGAGGUUCCUGGGACCAAGACAACAGCUCACCUCAAACUGUCACCACACGUUCACUACAUAUUCCGAGUGCUGGCCCUCAACGCUGUUGGUUACAGCCAUCACAGCGCCCCCUCUCGAAUGUACAAGACAGAUCCCGCAGCCCCAGAUGAGAAUCCAACUGGUGUACACGGAUAUGGAACAGAACACAACAAUCUUGUUAUUUCUUGGAAGCCUCUGUCAGGCCUCCAGUCUAACGGUCCAGGGCUUCACUACAAGGUGAUGUGGAGGCAGCAGAGACUGGACAGUGACUGGAGCCAAGUUACUGUGGCCAACAAGUCCAAAUUUACAGUUUCUGGAACGCCCACAUUUGUACCGUAUGAGCUAAAGGUUCAGGCUGUAAACGAAUUUGGAGAAGGACCUGAGCCAGCCGUUGCCAUCGGCUAUUCGGGAGAGGACUUUCCAGUAGCAGCUCCUGAGAAUGUGCAUGUUGUAGUGCUCACCAGCACCCAGGCAAAGGUGUACUGGGAUCCUGUUUCCCCCCAUUUGAUCCGAGGACAUCUCAAAGGAUACAAGGUCUAUUACUGGAGAGAGCACGGCCUCCACAAACACCACCCGGAUCACACAGGGAAACACAGCCUCACCUUCAGCGGGAACCACACCCAUGGCAUGCUGCCUGCUCUGCACCCCUUCAGUCUCUACUCAUUCUAUGUGAAGGUGUUUAACGGCAAAGGAGAGGGCCCCCAGAGCCCAGACCAGCAGUUUAAGACACCUGAAGGAAUGCCGGGACCUCCAUCUUCCUUGGUAGUUACCAACCCAAACAUGGAUUCUCUAACCCUUGAGUGGAAUCCCCCUCAUGAGCAUAACGGUCACAUCACCGGCUACACCCUCAAAUAUCAUACAUUUAAUAACUCCAAUGAACUUGGCACAGAGGAGGAGCUGGCCCUGGCUGCCAAUGAGACCUCAGUCACUUUGCCCAACCUCAAGUACAACACACGCUACAAGUUUUAUUUGAAUGCCAAAACAAUCACUGGACCAGGGCAAGCCAUUUCUCAGGAAGUUGUCACCACUGUGGAUGAAGGGAACCUGCAAACCUCUCAUCCCAUUGCACAGUCUCCUCCACAUCGUCCAACCCUCAAGGCGCGGCCUGCGAGUCCUUUUGCAAACAUUAGUUCCUCGGUUGGAGAAGACGGGGCCGUGAUCAGUUGGGAAUACUGGGGCCCAGAGAAAAACGUAUAUGUAGAGUACAUAGUAGACAGUGAAGGUGAAAAGGACUGGAAGAGUGAGCUUGCGAACGGCUCUCAGAACGUUAAGCUGAAAGACCUAAAGGUCGGCCUCUCCUAUAGGGUGCGCGUGGCGGCCAAGGGUCGCCACGACCAGUCGCUCCACCACUCCGAGGAGCUUUUGGUCACGGUUCCAGCUGUUGCCAGCAGACAGGUGGACAUCGCCACUCAGGGAUGGUUCAUCGGCCUCAUGUGCGCCAUUGCUCUGCUCAUCCUCAUCCUCCUCAUCAUCUGCUUCAUUCAGAGGAAUAAAGGAGGGAAAUAUCCAGUCAAAGAGAAGGAGGAUGCCCACACGGACCCAGAGUUCCAGCCCAUGAAAGACGAUGACUGUACUUUUGGGGAAUACAGUGACAAUGAGGACCAUAAACCGUUAAAAGGGAGCCGCACGCCAUCUAACGGGACAGUUAAGAGAGACGACAGUGAUGACAGUUUAGUUGACUACGGGGAAGGAGGAGACGGACAGUUCAACGAGGACGGCUCCUUUAUCGGGGAGUAUAGUGGCAAGAGUUCCAGCAGGGACACUGCCGAGGGCCCCGAGAACUCAGGGGCCCCGUCCCCUGUAAACGCCAUGAACUCCUUGAACUCUUUUGUGUAG